GGAACACCGCCCCCCUCCGGGCGGCUCCAUCACCUAAACCCAGCCGCCUCCCCGUCACUGCUGCUGUGGAGCUUCUCCGGUGUCACGGGUCGAAACGUGCGGACGAACUUUGUGGAUUUUCCUUCGUAAACAUGGCUCAGAUCAACACGUGCCUCAAAUGGACCUUCACCAUCUUCAACAUCUUCUUCGCGAUCUUCGGGGCCAUCGUCAUCUUGAUCCCUCUGAUCUCUCAGGUCUACAUCAGAGAAGACGUGGAGGGCCGCACCACCGGCCUCAUCGUCCUGUACGUGCUGGGAUCCGUCACCCUGAUCAUCGCCGUCCUGGGAGCGUACGGCGCCCACAGGGAGAACAAAGUGUGCCUGAUCCUCUUCCUGGUGUGUAUGGUGGUUGGAAGUCUGGUGAUGCUGAGAAUUGGAGUCGUCGCUGCUUUCGCCCGACCUCAGUUGACAGGUUUCAUGUCGGAGAAGUUCCGUUCCCUGCUGCCGCUCGACACAUCCUCAGACGUGGUGAAGAACAUGGCUGAGACCAUGCAGACGCAGCUGCAGUGCUGCGGCUUCUUCAGCUACCAGGACUGGGAGGACAACAUCCCUGAUUCAUGUCUGUGCAGCAGCGAGGCAGAGGAGGAGGGCAUGUGUCAGAGCGUCAGCUACAACCUGCAGAGCCUCUUCCAGGGGAAGCGCAUCUACACCAAGACCUGCUUUCCCAUCGUCAUGCAGUACGUCCUUGUCGUCGUUGACGUCGUGAUCGGCAUUGUCUUCAGUCUGGCUACGUUGGCGCUGCUCGGUAUGAUCCUGUCGUCCAUCAUGAUCCACCAGUUGCGUUACCCCAACCGAACCACCGUCCUGAUGGUUCCCAGCAUCUUCACCACUGCGCCACCAAAAUACCAGGAGCUGCACAACUCUCCGAACUACUAGAGGAGCAGCGCUGCCCUCUGCUGUCAGCUUGUGGUAAAGGUCUGAAAGUCUGAGGAGCCACAUGCCUCCAUUGAAACGCAUUCACGUGAUUGUUAAAGAGGCUGAAUGAAAAAUAUUUGCAAUUGGAUGAUUCUUCUGUUUUCUGUCAGAAUCUCUUUUUUUUUUUAUGAUGUUUGUUGAAGUUUUUCCAGUUUUUCUAAUGAUCACAAGACUUUUCUGGUUAGAAAGUUGACUUCUGUCAGGAGACAAAGGAGAAAAUGUCGUGUUUACAAGUUUCAUUGAGACUCAAAUCUGACUUUUUAUAAGAAUUCUGGCUUUAAAAUUCCCCCAAAAAAGUGAGAAAGUCAAGAUCAGUUUUUAUAAAGACAGAAAUAAAAUCCUGACAUUAACGUCUCAGUUCUGCAGAUUUAAAUUGAGAUGUUAUUAAUUAAUUCAAUUCUGACCUUUUUUUUUUUCCCUCAAAAUAUUUGUAAUUUUUUUGUUUCAAGUGAAAAGUCAUUUUUUCUUGUGAUCGUGUAGAAAAACAAGAUUCUUCUCUAAAAUCCUUUUUUGUCUCAAACGACCUUUACACUGAAACAAAGUGUUCUUCAAACCACUGUUUGCUUCUAGUUUUCUGUUAGUUAAGCAAACGCAAGAAAAGCAGAUGUCUGAUAAAAGUGCAAUUAACUCUGUUUGCAGAAAUAAAGUGUUUGUUUAAAGAAUAAUUUUUCCUUUCAGCUCUGAAUCGUUAUAAAUCUUAGUUUUUCUAUUUUUAAAAUAUUUUUGAUAUUCUACACUUUGUAUUGAAUGUGACUGGGUCUGUUCUUUGUGUUACUGUCGUCCUCUGAAUAAAAAACCUCUUUUAUGAUCCACA